CUUCAGCGAGGGAGCACCGUUCACCGUUCCGGGACUGGAUGCUGUCAGAUCCUUUCGGAGAAUUCGACACUUUUCAUACAAUAAGAUCAACACCCAAGAGCGCGGAAUGGCCAGCGUCACUUGGAAUGUGAUUUUCCAGGACAAAGUCCAGAAGCUGAAUAAACCUGACAGCUGGUCUAUGGAGUUUGACGACGCGAUCGAGGCCAAGAGGUCUCACAUCGGCUGGAAGGAGUACAUUCGCAACCCCUUCUCCAGGUUCACGUGCUCCAUCUGUCACCACAGCUGGGCCUCCAGCAAGUCCAUGGUGGUGUUCCACAUGCGUCUGGACUCGCCGGCCCACAACGGGGUGGUCAAGGUGCGACGCUACAAGCAGAACUGCAAAACGUGCGAGGGCGCCACCUUCGAGGAGCCCAGUGUCGACCCAAAGGAUUUGGACGACAUGAUGGACAAGCUGAUAGAGAAGAUCCUGGUCAACUGUUACGGGCAGGAGAGCAGCCAGCCAAAGUUCUUCCGUAAAAAAGUGCUGAAAGGGGACCACCUGUCCAAACACUGUGAAGCCUGCCAGAAAGGGGUCUGUGACCAACGCUAGAUUUCUCUAGAAGCUCAAAGUGGCAACAGAGCAAAUUGUGGUCAUUAGAUGUGAGAACAUCUUUUUUUAAUUUAAAGAUUUAGGGUCAGGGUUACAUUGCAACCCUAAUUUUAACCUUAAAGUUCAAGUUCUGCGUUCACGAAUUUCUGCUCGACAUACUGGUAAUAUUAGGCAAAUUUCUAUUCAAGAGUUGCAUUGAAAGCUUUGCGAAUUUGUCUACUU